AUGGUGAUUAAUGGUCGCUUGGGGGACAGGUUCACCGCUUCGAAAAGACUCAGACAGGGGGACCCGAUGUCCCCAUACCUUUUUAUUCUUGUUAUGGAAAUCUUCAACCGCCGUAUUCAAGUGCAGGUUCGCAACAAGACCAUCCAAAUUCUCAAGAUCCGGAAUGUUUCUCAAGAGACAGGAGCGGUUAUGUAUGUCGACGAUGUUCUCAUGGUUUCUAAGGCUUCUAUAAGUUCCUUUUGUGCCAUUAAAGAUAUGCUUGAGCAAUUUGAGAAGUUCGCUGGUAUGAAAGUGAACAAGGAAAAAUCUGUUGUCUUCCUGGAAAAAAUUCUAGAUUGCACGGUACAGGAUCUCAGCAACAUCCUUCAAUGGCUGAUUGGUUCCCUUCCAGCAGAUUAUCUUGGUGUUCCCUUUUUCUGUGGUAGACUGACUGAGGACAUGUGUUGUCCACUGAUUUCUAAAAUGGAAAGAAAGCUGAAGAAACUAAUGAUCAUGCUAUCCUUCAUUGUGAGACGCCAAGAACCUGCUAAUAUGCUCUUUUUUGCGGUUACACAUGUUGAAGUUGCUGGGAAGUUGAGGGUUGCUGGAAACUCCUAUUCUAGUGAUGGAGUGAAUGUUAUGGCUAUAUUGUUGAGCCCUAGGGGCAGGGUACUCGCUGGUGAGCUGGAGGUGAUGGAAAAGCUGUUCAGAUAUCAUAAGGAGUAUGGCGGUCGUAUUUCUAUUUGCACUAGGAUCGAAGCCCUUACUCGGUGGGUACGGCAACAUUAUGACGGUAGCAGAAUAUGGUCGGAGUUCCACAUGUUUGUCAAAGAUUUCCACUACAAUGUCAAGAUUGAAAGGAAUCAUCUUACGGCGGAUUUUGGGUCCUUCAUCACCUCCCACGUCAAGGAGUUGAGGGAUGUUUUUUUGUGUGCAAGCUAA